GAUUGGCUUUUUAGAAACAAUGCAGUCGCAUAAACAUGCUUCGCAGAAGAGAGAGAACAUGACCAUCUACUCACUGCACGUGUCUGAUGAUUAUACCGAGAAAAUUAUUCGUGGUUACGCCUCACCUAGGAAUCAUUGCAGCGAAACCGUAUCUUCCGGCAGAAGUGGGAAGAUGACGCGCUUUCCGACGUAAGAGACGACCCCACAAAAUGCACUGGCGGUCAAACUUCAGUUGAGAACAUAUAACAUACACAACCCAGUCUAACUGAGCAAAAUGUCAGCUUUAAGUGGUCUGAAUAACUUGUUCUCAUUCACCAAUCCUUUCACCAAGCGACUGUUAGGAUGGAGACAGGGAGACGAAGAGGAAAAAUGGGCCGAAGAGGCUAUUUUGUGGCUCGUUAAGAAACUGAAAAAGAAAAGCGGUGCCUUAGAGGAACUGGAAAAGGCAUUAAGCUGCACUGGCACACGAACGGGAUGCGUUACCAUUCCACGUUCUUUAGAUGGACGUAUUCAGAUUCACCAUCGCAAGGGUUUGCCCCAUGUAUUUUACUGCCGGGUAUGGAGAUGGCCUGAUCUCCGAAGUCACCACGAGUUGAAGGCUCAGGAAUUCUGUGAAUUCCCCUUUAGUGCCAAGAAAGGUGAAGUCUGUGUCAAUCCUUAUCACUACAGCCGAGUGGAAUCUCCAGUACUUCCUCCGGUGAUGGUCCCCCGUUACACGCCAGAGUUUCCAUCGCCCUGCACACUGGCCCCCUUUCAACUGAGACCCGACCCACGCAUGCCAUGCAAUGUCAACUACCCGGACGCAUUCCAAACUUCUUUCCCCUCUAGAUCUGACCAGUUCUCGAAUCAGGGCAGUCAGCACAGUAUACCAAACAGCACCCCUCCCCCGGCUUAUCAGGAAUCUGCAGGAUAUACUAUCCAAUACCGGCCCCAGGAACUCUCAUGUUUGAUGGAUAUGUCUGAUGACAGUAGUCAAGAUGUUCAAGCCGUUUCCUACCAAGAGCCAUCAGAUUCAUGGUGUAAAAUCGUGUAUUUUGAACUAAAUAGCCGAGUAGGAGAAUCAUUUCACGCUUCAAACAUGCACGUAUACGUGGAUGGUUUUACGGAUCCUAACAGCAAUAGCAAUAGGUUCUGCCUGGGUUUGCUAUCCAAUAUAAAUAGAAAUUCCACAAUUGAGAAUACAAGGAAACACAUUGGAAAAGGUCUUCAUCUGUACUACAUCGGCGGGGAGGUGUUUGCAGAGUGUUUGAGCAACAGCAGUAUUUUUGUACAGAGUCGACAAUGCAACUACCGCCACAACUUCCAUGCCACCACUGUUUGCAAAAUUCCGCCGGGUUGCACCUUGAAGAUCUUUAACAACCAAGAAUUUGCCGAAAUGUUGAACCAGGCAGUCCACCAUGGAUUCGAAGCAGUGUACGAAUUGACCAAAAUGUGCACGAUAAGGCUGAGCUUUGUGAAAGGAUGGGGUGCCGAAUAUCAUCGUCAAGAUGUAACAAGCACCCCUUGCUGGAUAGAGAUUCACCUGAACGGACCGCUGCAGUGGCUUGACAGGGUGCUGUCUCAAAUGGGAUCACCCGACCUCUUGAUUUCAUCUGUGUCAUAGCGUGAUUUUAUAGAUGCUAUUUUUCGAAGGGCUCAAGCCAAACUGGUCUGAUCCCCCUUUUUCCGUUAAUAAAGCAAAUCUAUGUUUGAGUAAAG